UGCCGAUACUUUCCCUCCUGUUCCUCUCUGCUAUCUUUGGAUGUUCUGUUAGUUUGUACGGUAUGACAAUUUUGUUUCUGUGAAAAAUAAACAUUAAAAAUAGAAGGGAAAGUUAAAGAGUGAUAUUUUCUAUUUCUGACAGAAAAUACUUAAAGUAAGAAUUCCAGCUGAAAGAAAGUGCUGAUAAAUAUUAAAAUAUUUUAUUUCUAAAAUGACUGCUACUGAAUUGAGGGAUUGGACUUCGGAAUAUUAUAUUACAAAUGAAUCAUCUUGUCAGCAGAUUUUAAAAAAUUCUGAUAUAUUGAGAGAAAUACCUUUAUUAAAUGAUGUUCAACUACACAAUAUAAAAGACAAGCAAUUGGUCCGAUUCCAAGGUAUGGUUCAAGAUAUGUAUGAUCCUGAGUAUUACUUUAAACAAUAUGAAGUAAAGAAUAUCAGAACUGGAGAAGGCAGUAUUAGAUGUGGAAUGUAUACAGAUAUAGCUUAUUGCUUGCCACAUGAAGAAAUUUUAUUUGAGUCCAACAAGAAUGAAAAUUCAGAAAGACAAACUUAUAUUAUAAUUUCUACACCUGGUCUAAACCAGUGGGCAAAGGAAAGAAAUACAUGUAUAGAACAGUCUGAUAUGAGUACAAUACACAACAAUAGUAUAGGUAAAAGAAGUCUAAUUGAUCAAGAUGAUAAUGAUACAGAAGAAAUGGAUUGCUCAGAGCCAACUCCAAAGAGAGAAAAAACUCUGGCAGAUACUACUGAUAUAAAUAUAAGUGAUGACAAUGAUUAUAGUGCAAAAAUUCAAAGUAUAGUUUCAGAAGAUCAUAUAUUAAAUUUUCCUAUUCCAAUCGAUGGAGGAAAAGCUUGCAUAGUAAAGAUUUAUGAUGGGACAAGUUUGAAGUUGAACCAGGUUGUUGAUAUAGUAGGUUUUGUAUCAUUAGAUCCAAUGUUAAGUACAAUUCAUGCUUCAGAAAACGAAAUGAAUGAGGCCGAAAUAAACACUCAUAAUCCGCCAGCUUCUCUGGUACCUCGAUUACACGCAGUAAAGAUAAUAGAACUUAACAGACUCGAAAUCGCAAAUGCUCCGGAAAUUAUAUCAAAGGCACAGCUCAUCAGGGGCGAUUUACACAUAAUAUUGAGUCAAUUAUUGUUUGGUGAUCAUUUAGCUGCAGAUUAUUUAAUAUGCCACUUGUUGUCCACCAUAUAUAUCAGGAAAGAUUACUUUUGUCUCGGCACGUUUCCAUUAAACAUAACAAAUUUCCCGUCCAGCAAACUCAGGACAUUCCCGAAAGAAUUGUACAACUUUUUAACGUUAUUUGUUAAGAAAAGUCAUUUUUUAGAAAUAACUUUGGAAAAUUUGAACGAACUAGCCUUGAUUCCCAAGAAAGAUUAUGAAUGCAACAGAUUGACAAGCGGUAUCCUUCAAUUAAGCAACAACACACAUCUGGUGUUGGACGAGACAGGUUUAACCGCCGGUGAACUCACCGUGACUGGUAAAGAAAACUACAAAGCGCUCUCCGAUCUACUUAUAUUUCAAAAAUUGAAAUACGACUUUAAGUAUUACACGGUAGAUUACGAAACGGAUAUUCCAAUGUUAAUCUUCUCUGAUGUAAAAUCUUUUGUUCCGUGUCCCAUGCAAGUUGUUCUAAAUGUCGAUGCAGAAUCGGAAAAUUUAUACAGUCAGGUUCUUGAAGCUGCGUGUCAAUAUUUAAAAGAAGACGAUCGAUUAGCGAAUAUCCGUCAAUAUUUGGAAGUAUUGAGGCACAUGGAAUUCGUUUUUGAUGAACAAAUCACGGAGGCCGUUCAAAAUUAUUUUGUAGAAAUGCGAAGCUCAAACAGGAAUAUAAAUACGGACGAUCUACACGCAUUGAUUGUCUUCGCUAGACUGAUGUCCAUGUCAUAUGGGAAAACAACACUGGAUACAGAAUGCUGGAACAGAACUGUACAAUUAGAAACUGAGAGAAUGAGUAGGCUUCCGCAGCGCGGAUGAAUGUCGAUGAUGCAGUAAAGAAGAAAGCUAUCAUAACAUCUAAUCUAUUUUAAGCACUGCACUGCAAAAUGCAAAUAUUUAUUUGGUUUAAAUAUCUCUGUAACUAUUUUAUUACCGAUUAGAAAAAAAAUUAUACCAUUUUAUACAUUUGUAUUGUGAUUAUAAAGCAGGACGGAUCAAUUUUUAUUUAUACAGACAAUCGUUACACACUUAUAUCUCGAAAUAUAAGAGUUCGCUAGUAGGAGUAUCUUGUAAGUGUAAUGUUGUUUGGACUGUUUAUACAUCGGCUACGAUCCGUUUCACAAAUUCUGAAGCUGGGACGUACGUCUGUUUGUAUGUCUGUGUUCAUUUCGUCCGAAAUGGAAGUAGCACGCGUAUCGAUGUUCCUCUGUUUCUUUGAAGAUAUUUCCGGUAGAAAUAUCUCCAAGAAUUUACACUCCUUUUGUGUUAAGUACGAAACAUAGAUGCUAGUGUGCGCACAAUCCUAGUGAACAUUGGAAGCUCAAAGCAUGUUAAGUAAUUUACGUACAUUACAUAGAUUUAUUUUUACGAUUACAUUUACGAACGAGAGCAUUAGAUACGCUAGUGUCUGAUCUGCGUGUUUGUUGCCUAAAAAGAAUUGUUAGACAACAAUUUAGUGUAAAAUAUAAAUUAAAUUGUUUUUUCUCGUU